AUGCCCUAUUUUCAGAUAAAUAAGUGUUUACCGGCGACUGUGGACAUACGUUUACAGUAUAGGUAUUCAGCCGCCGGGACGGAGCUUUCGCGUACAACAUAUUUCAAUAAAACAGAGGUGCUCCGAUUGCUACAGAUGCAUUACAUGUUGACAAAAGACAACACGGUACCUAUGAAUAAGUUGAAUUUCAUUCAGUUCAUGGAUGUUUUUUUAGGGGUGAGAAACGUAGACGCCGUAGAUAAAAUAUAUCUACUUUGUUCCGAAACGAACAGGGAAUACAUGACUGGGCCCGAGUUCGUCAAAGUAUUGUCGAUGAUCUUAAAAGGAACCCUAGCCGACUUGAUUAAUUUUUGUUUUGAAGUCUACACGGAGAUGAUAAGGUCGCCGAAAUACAUUAAAAAAGAGGACGUGCUACUGAUGGCCAGAAGAAACAGCAUGAAAAUGUGCAAAUUAGUCAAUAUGGAUGAGUACGAUCAGAGAUUCGUUGAAUUCGUCAUGGCCGAGGUGGACAAGGAUCGUGAUAAUAGAAUUUCACUCGAAGAUUACCGUAAAGCUGUGCACGAAAAUGUCGCUUGGUUACAGUUCUUGGGGCAAAUCCUUCCGGAGUGCUCCAAAAAACAGAGAUUUAUGCGGUUAUUUACUGAUCGACCAUACGUCAAUAAUAUUGAAUCUACAGCUGCAGCAAUGACUCGGAAAAACAGGGAGAGUAUUGCUAAAAUGACCUUACUGAAAUCGACAAUUAGCCAAGCCGAGAACGUCGAUAGUAGUACGUCUUUUUCCAGUAAUUCUACUUUUUUGGUGAUUAAUCACGACAUGUCCCACGUAACUAAAAAGAAUCAAUUAAUAUCAGAUGGAAGUUAUUCAACAUUAUUUUAA